AUGGAAAUUCUUGCUCAAGUCCACCUUUGCCGUUCAGCCCAAGUGGCAUUAUUAGAAAGCAUCAAAGACUUCAUCAAUGGUGCUGUAGCAGAAGUUUUACCAUUUUUCGAAGGGGCUGAUAUCGCUGAUUUCAUUGGCACAAAUCAAGAAAAAUCGGAUAAUGCAAGUGGCAUCCUGUUUAUCCUCAAAGUUGUUCUUUCGAACAACGGAAUACCAUUUUCUGCUGAAGAUUUCUUGCCACUUAUUGAUGAUAUAAUUUUCAAUACACAAUCAACUGGAGAACAGAAGAAAAUUGAUGAAAUCACAGCAUCAGUAGAUGCUGCAAGCGAAAUUCUAUACUCGGUUUUGGAAUCAAUUCUUGGUCAAAUCGCAACUGAAACUAAUUUUUCUCCUAUCUACUUGUUAAACGUUGCGAGACAAAGGGUUGAUCUUGCCGAUUAUCCAAUUUCUUGCAUCGCUGAAGCAUUAAUUCAACUGUAUCAAUUUAUGAUUAACACAUAUAGAUCGAUUGAAAACGCUGCUAUUGCAGCCAAAGCAAGUCUUGAAGCAAUGCCAUAA